AUGGCAUCCAAGUCGGUCGAAUCGCCUGUCCUGGAGCUUCACGGAGCCGGCAUCACGAAGCCAAAGCCCCUUCGGAUCAUCAAACGUAGUAAGACCAUCUCCGGUAGCGAGGCGUCAGGAGAGGUUCUCAGCAGAGGACGUGGAUCGUCGUAUUCCUCCGACCAGAGCACGAGAAGCUCGCCGAUGGGCAGCGACAGACCUAUAACCGUGAGGAAAAGAAGGAGGGAGAGGGGAAGUAUACUAGACGGUAGAUUUGAUGGAACUCCAGUGAAAACUUAUGGUGAUAAAUCCACAUGUGAUAGACUGACCGACACUAAAAGUAAGACAGAUGGCCAUUCGAGCGAAGAUGUCGGUUCCGAAACAACACCAAAAGCGCGCUCGCAUGUUUCAAAGUCCACCGUUGCUGGGGCGUUUCUCAAAUCCGAACUACAAUAUCCUGCCACUACUGCGGGGCGAUACUCGGCCAGGGGCUCACGGAAUACAAGUUCUUCUGACUUUCAUAAUGCUGUGCCAUUUCCUAGAGCCGAUCUUAGCUUUACCAAGAUCACUGAUGAACCAAAAACUAUUGAAAGAAAGCUGUCCAGAUCCAAAAACUUUUUCCUCAAAGCCAUAGGGAGUUUGGGUGAUGGUAGCCCAGAAAAGACGGACAGAGAUUCGUCUGGUGAGGUUCCCAGAGGUGGACUCAUACGUCGUUUAUCUCGCAGUAGAAGCAACAAGAGUGUCAAAAGCACACACUCUGGGCGUCGGAGCAGGUCUGGUUCUGCGAGUACACCGUAUAAAGAGCCAGAAGCACCUUACGAGAUUGAAAGUCGAGAUAUCACCGACGCCAGCCACGAUCUGAGACUAAUGGCGAGUCGCCAUAUUCAAAGUUCGGGCGAAUCUUCGACGAGGCCACUUCUCGGGCUUCGGAAUCAUCUCAUACUAUCACCUCAAGUUUUUGUUACACCUGAAGAAGCCAUCGUUGAUUCAGGAAAUUGUAGUUUUUGGGUCGCGAUAGAGAUAUCUGGAGUUCUUAGGACUGCUGAUGGAUGUCUGAGGCAAGAAAAGGGUUACUCGAGAUAUUCGUAUGGUUCAGUGACAACAGAACGAUCAGGUUGGUUUCUUGCCAAUAGCUUUUGCCAUAUCUUACCCACUAAUCUUGGAGGUAUAGAAUCGCAUGGUUAUCUGCAUUCCAUGAAAGUCGAGGUUCUGCCUAGUCCGAAUUGUUUUAUCACACAAUUCAUUGGCAAUAUUCAUCAUUCGCUUUCCAUCAGAGCUGGAGAGACGAAACUGAUUCUUGCCAGAGUGAGUCUUGGCAAGAUAAAAGCAAUAUCUGGUCGAAGUCGCCCUUCAGCGGACAAGCUCAUCGCGGAUUUGGAAACACAUCUUGGCGACACACAUCAUCCUUACCUAACCGUCAGACUCUCUUACAAGCAUUCUGGAUUUCUCAAUGACAAUAGAAGUACUCGGCUUGGUGACGGAGCCAGCUCUCAUGAAACACACCUGCAGACAGAUGCUGUUGUUGCUAUUCAAAGGCAUGAUUCACAAUCCGCUUGGUCACCUCGAAAUUCUCAAUCCAUAACGUCGCCCGUUUCCAGUCCAUUAAUUGAUGUUAUACGACAACAUUUCCCAGAAGAUGAGGCCGAAGAUGCGAUUAUGAAAUUACACACCGAACAGGUUGCCUUCCCUUUCGCACAUCGGGGUGGUGGGGGUUCGAGUGAGGAGACCGUCAAACCGCAGUUGGAGGAGCCACAUACUGCAGGAAGGAACGCGGCCUUCUUUACUCCAAUACAAGAUUUGGAGGCAUCUAGAGCUCCUAUGACUAGAUCACGGAGUGUACAUAAUGGGGUCAACCCCUUUGCACGCCUUCCGUCUCGAAUUGAGUCUGAUAGCUCAGCGGAAGAGUGUGAUCCAGCACGAAAAAUCUGGAACGAGAUGAGAUUGACAUCUCGAGGUCGUCUUUCCAAUAAUCGUUUGUACAACAUUGAUACGGACGAGUAUUAUAGCAUUGAUCAAGAUCUCACGCCAACUCGCACAAGCUCAUCAGCCGUGACUUCCUCAACGCUGGAGCUUGACGAUAAUUUUUCAGUCAGUGGGAAUAUGAUGGCUGGGCAUCGAUGCGAGAGUAGCAUCGACCAGGAAAGGAAUAUGAUCAUGGAGAUUGCAUUGAAGAAUAAGAGGAGUCUUGGGGCGGAGACGCUAAGGAGUAUCGCACCUAGUCUUGCGAAGGGGUUGGGGAAAUCCAAGGCGAGUGCUGUUAGUGGGUUGGGACUGGGUGGGGGGAGGACCUGGGGUUGGAAUCCUCCUUGGUGGUGA